CCGACUCAAACACAACUUCGACUUUAAUCGCUGGCAGAUACACACAGCUACCUAUUUGAGUGUUUAAUAGUCAGCAACAAAUGUUUAAUGGUUAGGUGUUAGACCAUGCAAUCACAAUUCGGCGACAAGUUCAUUUCUGAGGAUGAAGUCGAUGAAGGCCCAUCCACGGCCAGUGGUCAAACAAACAAUCACCAUGUAGUCCCGCUGGGAAUCCUCAUGGUACUCUGCACAAUGUAUCUCGUGGUCGCUGGGGCGCAAUGCAAUUACAGAUACUAUUUCGAGCCCGGCGUGUCUGCCCUCGACAUAUACGAUCCCGAUGUCUCUCUCGACGAAGGCUAUCCGGAAUCCAUUGAGGACGUGCCAGCAAGCAACCUCGGAUGCACAAAGCUUGAGGUCUUCGGAAAGGAAACCGCACAACCAAAUGGCACCUCUCCCUCUGGCAACCAAAUGGCAAAGCCAUCUCAGUCCAAGGCCGCCAAGCGAACUCGAAAUGGAUCAGGUGGAAGCGCUGCUAGUAAGCGCACUCGUGGGGCUAAAGCUCUGGAAAAUAACCGGAGAAAGCAGGAGACCGCCAAGAAGAGCAACACGGCUGAGCCCAUAAUAUAUCUGUUUGCCCUGGUCUUCAUUUAUCUGCUCCUGAAGGCAGCAUCCGACAUCAAUCAGCACUACAAGUCGAACAAAGGAGACAAACGUUUGCGCCGUUGCUCGUUGCAAUCCUAUGCGCAAAUACACAAGCAGGAUCGGAGGGCCUCAAAAGUACUGCUCGAAGAGUCGGCGGUUUUCCGGCGCAGGCACAUACUAUUGGGAGAGGUGCGAGCCGCGUCGGUUGACCGCUACAAGUACAUACUAAACGAGGAGGGAAGCCACACCGUGUGCACCCCAAAGACACUCGAUCACCAGCACAGGGCCACAGCCCCAUCACCGUUAGCAUACAGACCGGCAGGAGAUCGAGAUCCUGCAGCACGCUCUGCUGGUAAACACGAACAGUCACCGCAGUCACGGUAUGGUAUGUCACACAAACAGCUCUAAGCCAAACUGUUUUCUCCCCCAGAGACGCGUCUAAAUCGCCGCUCAUCCGUACCCAUCAGCAUUGACUAUCAAACUGUUCAUGUCUCAAAUAUCAGUCCAUACUCUUCCGAGUUGGCCAGACGUGGCUCUGGUAUCAGCAUCACGGGUCCGAAUCCGCUAAAUUUAGAUCCAAACGCCGACUCGAAACGUCGCGUCCGCAUGAUAAAUCGUCAUUAAAUCCAGCGUCCUAUCAAUAUCAAUGAAUACUUCAACAACGAUCAACAAGACAAUCGAAUCUAUAGAGAAGACUUCACACAGAGUACAUAAUAAUUGGAUAA